GUUUAUUCGCCCCUGCCACGACCAGGACCGCGUCGCGCGCUCGCGCCCUUCACGCCCUGCGCUGUGCUUGCCUCGUCGCGGCCACGUCCACCUACCUAUACCUCUCUGUCCGACGACCUCAUCCCCUUUCCCAAGAUCCGAGCCGCGGCGUCUCCAAGUACCUCGCUCGCAGGAGCAGGUUGCAAGGAGCCAGCCACUCCUGCGAGUUUCUGGCGAUGGUGGCCGUUGCGGCGGGAAGGCGGGCCGGCGGCGUUGGUGGCCGCCGGCGCUCGGGCUGCGGCCCGGGGCAGGCACAGCAGAAGCUACUAGCGAUCGCCGUCGCCGCGCGCUUCGCUGAGGCCGUGGCGCCGCCGUCUGCGGAGGCCUCCCGUGCCGGCUCCGGCGGCUGUUGCGUAGAGCUCCUCGAGUGCCUCCUCGGGGCUCUGAGCGUCAACGCGGCCCCGCCGCCCGCGCAGCACAGGCGGGCCGUGCACUCGAUCCGCCGCCGCCGCCCCCGUGGCGGGGGGUCCGCCGACGACCGCCACGCCGACGCUCCCUCGGGCCGCAUCGCGGGAAACGGCGCAUCCGCAUCCGCAGCCGCGUCGCUCUACACCAUGCAGGGCAGGAAGGGUGUCAAUCAGGACGCCAUGGUGGUCUGGGAGAAUUUUGGUUCAAAGGAUGAUACCAUUUUUUGUGGAGUUUUUGAUGGCCAUGGACCAAACGGCCAUUUGGUUGCCAAGAGGGUCAGAGAUCUUCUCCCUGUAAAGUUGAGUGCAAAUUUAGGGAAGGGUGAAUUCAAAGAGAUUUCUACUAGCGAUGUCAAGAGUGGGACUACUAAAGGAGUUGCAACCGAACACAGGGUUGAAGAUACUGAUGCUUCCCCUGGAAAUGAAGAGAAUGGCGAGUACCCAGAAUUUUUCACAGCACUGAGGGCUUCAUUCUUGCAGGCGUUUUAUGUGAUGGACAGGGAUCUGAAGGCACAUAGAAAUAUUGAUUGUGAAUUCAGUGGUACAACAGCAGUCACAGUAAUCAAGCAGGGACAAAAUCUUAUAAUUGGCAACUUGGGAGAUUCUAGAGCUGUCUUGGGCACAAGAGGUGAACAUAAUCAGCUAGUUGCUCUUCAGCUGACAGUGGACCUCAAACCUAGUAUCCCGAGUGAAGCAGAACGAAUUAGGCAACAAAGUGGCAGAGUAUUUUCUCUUCCAGAUGAACCAGACGUUGUUCGUGUGUGGCUUCCAACUUUCAACUUGCCAGGGUUGGCCAUGGCAAGAUCAUUUGGAGACUUCUGUCUGAAGAAAUAUGGAAUAAUUUCUAUGCCUGAUGUUUUCUACCAUCGCAUCACGGAUAAGGAUGAAUUUGUUGUGCUGGCGACUGACGGGGUGUGGGAUGUGCUUUCCAAUGCUGAAGCUGUUAGCAUCAUCAGCAAUGCUCCUUCACAGGCCUCAGCAGCUCGAUUUCUGGUUGAAUCGGCUCACAGGGCAUGGAGGACACGGUACCCCACAUCAAAAACUGAUGAUUGUGCUGUUGUUUGCCUCUUUCUGAAAACAGAAGCAGCAAGUACAUCCUCCAGUGCUGUAACCAAAGAUUUGGUGAAGAACAGAGAAAUGAGCAGCGGUAAGCAUUCAUUGGCUGUUAAAACAAGCACCCAAGGUUCCUGAAAAUCUUGUUACUGCAAAAGAUGAGUGGUCUUUUGUUGAUGGUUCCUCUGGGUGUGUCGCGCUGCCAACUUUACCAGAGCCCACUUCAGUUGUGAAGGAUAGCUCAAAAGAUUGAGCUUGCCUGCCAAUUGAGAUGGCAUAAUUUUUGCUGGAAAUUUGUUCGCCUUCGUUUGCAAGCUUGUGUGCAUCAGAUUUGUUGUGACGUGAAGACCAGUGCCAGUUUCAUUGGCGAGUUGAGGAAGUUAUUGCAUAGUGGAAUGGAUAAGUGUGCAGAUUUUGUUCUUUUUGUACAGUAUUCAAUCAGUUUAGUGGGAUCAGUUGGUAGUAAUGAUAACUAUAAUAAUACUGUGCCUAUUAUUGAUGGAUGGGGGUGAUCAGAUCCAUGCAUAGGAUGAAGUUUCUCCCUUCUUUUGUAAUAUAAAUAAUUGUGUCGGUUCCAGCAGCUCUAAUAAAUUUUCUUUUAGGUGUUGCUUUGUUUUAUGUCAUAGGUUUUCUAGUUUUGCUUUGUCCAAUUAAGUUUAGUAUUAUAUUUCCAUUGAUGCUAUGACAAACCAUUCCAGUUAGAUAUUGGAUGACUAAGUAAGUUUUCCUCUGUA